AUGCGGGUAGCGCCGGGCGGCGGGGAGGCCACCGUGUUGGUCAACCAGGUUGACGGUUAUCCUCUGCGCUUCACCAACGGUGUUGACGUUGAUCAAGUUACGGGAAAGGUCUACUUCACCGAUAGCUCGAUGAACUAUCAAAGGUCGCAGCAUGAGAUGGUCACUCGCACAGGAGACUCGACGGGCCGCCUCAUGAGCUACGACCCACGGACAUCGGAUGUCACGCUGCUCCAGGCGGGCAUGACGUACCCCAACGGCGUCGCGCUCAGCGCCGACCGCACCCACCUCGUGGUCGCAUCUACUGGACCAUGCAAGCUACUGAGGCACUGGAUCAAAGGGGUCAACGCAGGCACAUCCGAGCCUUUUGCCGACCUGCCCGGCUAUCCAGAUAACGUGAGGCCCGACACCAAAGGAGGCUAUUGGGUGGCGUUGCACCGCGAGAAGAAUGAGUUGCCCUUUGGUCGUGAUAGUCAUCGUCUCGCUGUCAGGGUCGGUAAUGAUGGGAACAUAGUCGAGGAGAUGAGAGGGCCAAAGAAGGUGAGGCCCACCGAGAUUAUGGAGAGAAGCAAUGGCAAGAUCUACUUGGGUUCGGUAGAGCUUCCUUAUGUCGGCGUUGUUAAGCGCAAGUAG